UCAUUUACUUCAUCUAUUUAUACCUCUACUUCUUGUGCAGAAGACCAUAUCAACAUUACUGCUAAGAUCUCUUAAUGGAAGCCAUUUCCAACCAAAACCAUAUUCCUCUCUUCCAUGCAAAUGAAACCCUCCCUGACCAAUUCUCCCUCCUGUCAAAGGUCCUUCUUUCAAAAUUCUCAAAUCUUCUUUGGCCUUGUACCUUCUUACUUGUGCAAAACCGGGAACUAAUGUUCCAUUUUGUGCUACUAUGUUUCCCCCUUGUUUGUUUCCUGGUGAAGCAUUUCCUCUCAAAGCCCUCACCCAUUUACCUUGUGGAUUUCUCAUGUCUUAAACCUCCAAGCCACUGCAGGGUGCCUUUUGCAACAUUUCUUGAAAAUGCUUCCAUGUUGGAGGUUUUUGACAGUGAAAGCAUAGCUUUCAUGGCCAAAGUCCUCCAUUCCUCGGGACAAAGUGAAGAGACAUGCCUCCCCCCUUCCUUGCACUACAUUCCUCCAAACACUGACCACACAGAAUCCAUCAAAGAGGUGCAAAUGGUACUUUUCCCCAUCAUGGACGAUCUUCUAGCAAAAACCAACCUUUCACCCCUUGACAUAGACAUACUUGUCGUAAACUGUAGUGGCUUCUGCUCCUCACCUUCUUUAACCUCCACUGUCAUUAACAAAUACUCUAUGAGAAGUGACAUUAAGAGCUAUAAUAUCUCUGGCAUGGGGUGCAGUGCAAGUGCCCUUUGCAUUGAUUUGGCUCAGAAUCUUCUGAGUGUUCACAAUAACUCUAAUGCCGUUGUUCUCAGCACAGAGAUUUUGUCAACAGGUUGGUAUUCAGGCAAUGAAAAGUCCAAGCUUCUGAUAAAUUGCCUCUUUAGGAUGGGAAGUGCAGCAAUCCUUCUCUCAAACAAGAAAGUAGCAAAGAAAACUGCAAAGUACAGGUUGGUUAGGACACUUAGAACCCAGAGAGCCUUUGAUGACAAAGCUUAUUCUUCUGCCAUUAGGGAAGAAGAUUCUGAUGGAAAACUUGGGGUGACACUGAAGAGGGACUUGCUUCAGGUGGCUGGAGAAACACUCCGGGAAAACAUCUCCAUUUUGGGGUCGGAAAUCUUGCCUCUUUCAGAGAAGUUUUGGUAUGGAGUUUCUGUUAUCAAGAAGAGGUUCAUAAAGUCUGAGGGAAUUUACGUGCCAAAUUUCAAGACAGUGAUACAGCACUUCUGCUUGCCAUGUUCUGGGAGGCCAGUGAUAAAAGAAAUAGGGAAAGGGUUGAAGCUCUCAGAGAGAGACAUUGAACCUGCUUUGAUGACACUUCACAGGUUUGGAAACCAGUCUUCUUCCUCACUGUGGUAUGAACUAGCUCACUUGGAAGCCAAGGAAAGAGUGCACAAGGGAGACAAGGUUUGGCAGCUUGGAAUGGGAAGUGGACCGAAAUGUAACAGUGUUGUUCUGAAGUGUAUUAGGCCUAUAGUUGGAGAGUACAAGAAGGGACCAUGGGCUGAUUGCAUCAAUCAGUACCCAAUAUUAGCCUUGGAUUAGGAAUUCUAACUUGGUUAUAGCUAGAAUUCUUAAUUAGUGUUUCUAUUAUGACUUAAAUAUUACUAGUAAAUGAAUAUGAAAUGACUGAGGCAUUUCUUAUUAAGCUAAUCGCUUUUACUACUAGUUGUUAAACAGUGUCAUAAUAGUGUGUUGUUCAAUUCUUCUUAUUUAAAGAGACAAAGGAGCAAGUCAGCUAUGUUUUUCUGCAGAUGAAUUAGUAGGGUGAACAGACACAUUUAUGAUUGUGCAUAUCUUUUUCCUAUCUGUAGUAAUGUUAAGCAGGUUGGAGUGAGUUGGUUGAGUGCA